UCGCGCUGGGAUUUGAACGCCCACCCUCUGGCUGCGCAACCUGUGUCAUCCUGCAGGAAACGAAGCCAUCCCCGGACCUGGAGCGCGAGGAAGACUCCGCAGGAUGCGCGGCGUGUGCGCGGAACCUGGUCUUCUACGAGCCUGGACUUCCGAGCGUGGCGCGCGGCUGCAGGGAUUGAUUCUCCGGGACUCGUGCCGGGGACCGCGCCCGGGAAUCCUGCGGGGGUGGGAGGGGGGUUCGGGCUCCGCGCCUCCGCCGCAGGGGGGCGCUGCGGGGCUCCCCGGCGCUGGCGCUGCUGGCCGCCCCCGCGGCUGGGCGUGCCGCCUGCAAGAUGUCCGUGCGCCGCGGCCGGCGGCCGGCGCGGCCCGGGACCCGCCUCUCCUGGCUGCUGUGCUGCAGCGCCCUGCUGUCCCCGGCCGCGGGCUACGUGAUCGUGAGCUCCGUGUCCUGGGCCGUCACCAACGAGGUGGACGAGGAGCUGGACAGCGCCUCCACCGAGGAGGCUAUGCCCGCGCUACUGGAGGACUCGGGCAGCAUCUGGCAGCAGAGCUUCCCCGCCUCGGCUCACAAGGAGGACGCGCACCUGCGGCCCCGGGCGGGCGCCGCGCGCGCCAGGCCGCCCCCCGCGCCGCCCGGGAUGUUCUCCUACCGGCGUGAGGGCGGCCAGGCAGGCGGUGCCUCCCCGGCCCCGAGGCUGCGAGCUGCCACCGCCCGCUCCCUGGCCCACGCCAGCGCCUGGGGCUGCCUGGCCACCGUGUCCGCCCACGAGAAGAUCCAAGGACUGCCAUUUGGGAACUGCCUGCCCAUCAGUGAUGGCCCCUUCAACAAUAGCACUGGGAUUCCUUUCUUCUACAUGACAGCCAAGGACCCCGUGGUGGCCGAUCUGAUGAAGAAUCCCAUGGCCUCGCUGACGCUGCCGGAAUCAGAAGGGGAGUUCUGCAGAAAAAACAUCGUUGACCCGGAGGAUCCCCGAUGUGUCCGGUUAACACUCACCGGCCAGAUGAUUGCAGUGUCUCCAGGAGAAGUAGAAUUUGCCAAGCAAGCCAUGUUUUCAAGGCACCCAGGGAUGAGGAAGUGGCCUCGUCAGUAUGAAUGGUUCUUUAUGAAGAUGAGGGUAGAACAUAUCUGGCUUCAGAAAUGGUAUGGAGGCGUAUCCGAUAUUUCAAGGGAGGAAUAUUUCAAAGCAGUUCCCAGAAAGGCCUGAUGGAGUAAGAAGAAAGUCCUUAGUGUUUGCACUUAAAUGAAAACCUUUUCAGUGAUGAAGCCAGACAGCUAUUGACCACUGUCUCUUUGUUGAAGGGUUCAUAGCAGCCCUGCCAUCCCUACAGCAGAAUGAAAGAGGGGGAACAGGGAACUCUAUGCUAGAUGUGAGAUUAAAGUGGUCAUUUGCAGAUCUCCAACUCACACGGAUACUUCGCAUAGAUAGUCUUUAUUCCGUUGUAUUCAAUACAGACUCACCUAUUCAGAAAUCGUAUAAUAGUGGUGGUCAAAAUGACAUGUUGAGAUUGUUGCUGUUUCCUUCUUUAAGAAAAAAAACAUGGCUGUAUGUACAAUGUGAUUGCUGUGUAUUGUGAGAGUACUUUUGUUGCUUGCGGUGCCAGACACAGUCUUGGUUCUAAGCUCACUGCAACCACGAAGGAGCUGACUGUGCAUCACACAGCCACAACAUUGUAUUAGGGUGAGGGUGGAGGACUGUGUGUCUAUGGAUUACUCCUCCUGCUGGUGGAUUGCAAAUGCAUUAUUAAGUCAUACUGGCUAGAAUGUACCGGUCACUUAUGCGGCUUUUUUCCCACCAUAACGUGAAAACAUUUAAGAACAUAGGAUGCUUUCGGCACAGCCCUUCUCUAUGUAACCCGCCAUGGCAGUGCAUUAAAGAGGAACAAGUAGCUUCGACAUUAAGCUUCCCAAAAGGUUGAGCUGCUCACACUUCUAGCAAGGGUUCCCCUCUCGCCUGCAUGAACGGGGCAUCCAGAAUAAGAAGUGCCCCAUUCUGUGGUGGAGAAAGAGGAAAGGGGAGAGGGUGAAGCUGGGAAAGUAAAGGCAGCACAUUAGGGAAGGAAGAAAGGAAGCCGGUAACUGAGGGCCUGCUGCCUGCCCAGCCCUGGGCCAGGCCCUCCAUGGAAGCCAUCACAUUUAAGCCCCGCAACCAAUGAGAGGCACAUCAUCAUUGCCUCUUACAGACAAGAAAACCGGACUCAGAGAGGUUGAGUCCACAUCCCAGACAGCGCACUGCAAACACGGGUGGAGUGGUUCCUAGAAGACACCCAGUUUUAAGAAGGAAUGAGUUAUUGAAAUGCACGGGUAGAAACUGAACCAGGAAAAUCAGCAAAGUGAUUGUAGAAGAGAAGGACUAGCCUGCCUAGAGACGAUGUUUCUUGCUUUUGGAAAAAAAAGUGUCUGAAAUUUGAUUCUUACUACAGAUUUAAACUUUCUACAUAUUACAUGUAGGUGCUUCUAGUGUUUUCAAGAAAUUAGACUGUACCUGUGUACACUUCUAAGGCCCACAUGGACCUAUGUAUAUAUAUAUCUAAGACCUCUGAUCAUUAAAACCUAUAAAGGAUUGAGCUGUCCCAAGUAUCCUGUCUUUCUGUAAUGGCUAUAAAAUUUAUUUUGUAGGUUAGGGAGGUUGUGUAACAUAAAAACACAUCACUAUAUAUAUAUAUAUAUAUAUAUAUUUAUUUAUUUAUUUAUGAAAUACACAUUUUUCAUGUAAAUAAAAGUCUUAUUAAUGAUUAUAUACUUUUGCUUAACAAAAUAACACACGAUGAGAGUUUGAGUUGCCAACAUAUAUUUUAAGUAUCUAUUGCUAAAAACAUAGUAAGAUGCAGAGAUUUCUUUGUCAUAAGCCAAUCCUCAAGAGUUCCUAACAAUGGUGAUGACUAAUAUAUAAGAAUAAGGUACCUCUGAGGGAGCUUCAUAUUUUCAGAGUUUAAAAUUAUUGCUACUCCCAAUUUAGAAAAAAGGGAGAACGCUGGAAGAACAAAUGACAUGCUCAAAUGCAUUGCGUAGGUCAACCUCAAACCUUAAUACUUGGAGCUUCGCUACCUCCUGAUCCUGUCUUACAGAUAAGGUCCCCAUGCUAGGUUUGUUUUAUAGUCAGGUUCCAUUUAGCUCAUUAAAGGUCACUGCUGCUUCAAAGGGCUUUGCAGAGUGGAUGCCAUUUAUAACCACUGACGAAUGUUAUCAGCUAUUUAUCCAAAUUACAGGAAGUGAAACCUGAAAAGGUUGGAUAAGAACCGUGUUGAAAAUUCAUAGUUUUAAGUUUGAUGGAUUCCAUUCGGGCAAGUGUGUUUCAGCAAAUCUCUAGAAAUUUACAUUGAUUAAAAUUUUAGCGGCUGUAUUGGAAGUUCCAGACAUGGCAAUAAGGCAAGAAAAAGAGAUUAAAUGCACACAGAUCAGAAAGAAAAAACAAUGUAUCCCUAUUUAGAGAUGACAGGAUUUCCUACACAGAAAAUUCCAAAUAAACUAUUUUUAAAAAAGAAACUAGAACUAGCAAGUGAAUGCAGCAAGGUCUCAGGACACAAGACCAGCACACAAAAGUCAAUUACAUUUCUCUAUGCCAUCGAUGAACAUGUGCGGGGGGGGGAGCGAGGGGGGCUGAAAACACAAUACCAUUUGCAAUCACUCCAAAGUGAAAUAUUUAUGUAUAAACAAAACUUACCCAGGACCUGUGUAGUGAAAAUUUUUUAAUGCUAAGAAAAAAAAUUAAUGAUCUAAACAAAGAAAGAGAGAUAGCACGUUCUUGGAUUGGAAGAUACAAAACAAUAAAGAGAUGGGUUCUCCCAUCUUUAUCUCUAGGUUUAAUGCCAUUCCUAUCAAAAUCCCAGCGAGGAUUUUGUAGACCUAUAUAAGCUUAUUUUAAAAGUUAUUUGAAAAGGCACAGGCAUUGAAAUAGCUAAAACAAUCUUGUAAAAGCAGAAUAAGGUUGGAGAAAUCAUUCUAUUUAAUACAAAGAGUUAUUAUGUAGCUACAGUACUCAAGAAAGUGGUAUUUGAUGACCUAGAAACACACAUUGAUGGAACAGAGUAGGGAAUCUAGAAGGCCCACACAAAUAGGCUCAACUGACUUUUUUUUU